UUGUGGGACAAGGAAGGAUUAGGUUUCCAUAAAAAGUAAGCUGUUGAGUAGAUUGAAAAGAAAAUUCCACAGAAAUAGGAACCAAAAUGAAGGACUCAGGAGGUGAUUAGAGAUAGCUUCUUAGUUGGGCAACAAAAUUAUUUUGUACAAUAAUUCUUUUGCUCCGUGCCAGCUCAGAAUGAUGUACUAAUGGGAACUCAUUAUCAAAAAAGAAUGAAGAUGUAAAAACUCUUUUUUUGCACACUGGUCUCAAAAAUGUCAAGAGUGUGAUUGUUGAACAGAUAAUAGAUAGCGGAGGUAUGAAAAUGGCUUUUCAGCGAUCUUCUAACAACAGUACAGAGACCAUUGUACCUCAUAAAAGGAUAGAGGAUGAGUCUGUUAUCAAGAUGAUCUACCAGUUUGGACGAGAUCUGGGGAAAGGCAGCUUUGGUGUAGUCGUCCAAGCUACACAUAUCUCCACAGACACAACUUGGGCCAUAAAGAAACUGAAUAAGGAAAAGGCUGGAAGCCAUGCUGUUAAAAUGCUGGAGAGGGAGAUUGCCAUCUUGAAGAUGGUGGACCAUGAACAUAUAAUUAAACUAGAAGAAGUUUAUGAAACAACAAAGAAAGUCUACCUUGUCAUUGAACUCUGCGAGCUUGGGGAGCUGAAGGGAAUUCUGGAAGAGAAAGGCCACCUGAGUGAAUCUGAAACAAAACACAUUAUAUCCAGCUUGGCCAGUGCCAUCUUUUACCUCCACAAGAAUGAUAUUAUUCACAGAGAUCUGAAGCUGGAAAACAUCCUGGUAAAAAGCAAUAACAAUGCAGAUGAUGAGGAACUAAAACUUAAUAUCAAAGUGACAGACUUUGGCUUGUCUGUGCUGAAGGAUGGUGCUGGUGUUGGCCGUGAAUCGAUGUUACAGGACACAUGUGGUACACCUUUAUACAUGGCCCCAGAGAUAAUCAAUAACUAUGACUACAGCCAGCAGUGUGACCUAUGGAGCAUUGGAAUCAUCAUGUAUAUCUUGCUGUGUGGUCAAGCUCCUUUUACAGCUACAACUUCAGAAAAAUUAUAUGAGGAAAUUACAAAAGGGGAGCUAGAUUUUUCUCAUUCAUCUCUGAAGUCUAUUAGUGAGAGUGCUCAGUCAGUGUUGAAGGGCCUUCUUAUAGUGGAUCCAGCCCACAGAAUGACAGCCAGUGAACUGCUAAAUCACCAUUGGAUAACUGGGGAUGCCAGUAAGAGCAAACGGCCCAAAAACGUGUUGGAAAUGAUGAAACAGUGGAAACUAGGUUACGAUAGCGAUAAUGAGGAAGAGGUGGUAAAAGAGAACGGGGUGAAUGAGGAUAAUGACCUAACCCAAACAGAAGGAGAAAUGAAGACUGACCUCCACUCCAGCAAAGUGCUUUCACGUACUACAAAGCCAUCAGGUGCAGGCGCGAGACAAAAACGCCAUUCGAUUGACAUUGCACCAUUGCCGGCUACUUUUACAUCGAAACAUCAUCUGGCGUUCAAUAGAAAAGGCCGACGGAAGUCAGAAUCAGCGGUGAAUGCGGGAAUAUUUAACAAAGCGACCACUCCGGCUUCUCUGCUGAAAAGAUAACCUUUCAUCGAGGAUGCCCAUUGUCAGUAACUAUAAUAGGUUGAAACCCUAUUGAUCUCCCCAGCUGCCAGGUCACAAGGAGCUCUUCAAGUGUGAAAUCUGCUUCUAACUCAGCAUGAAGCCACCCCACAACUGAAAGGAAUAAUUAUUUUCUGUUGCAACUUGUCUUCUUAUUUUGGAAAGCAACUGUUCAAUGAAACAAUGUUUUAUUUACUGUUAAUCUUAUUUGGCAUUGCAAUUCCAGUCACACUUAAGCAAUUGACAUCCUGAAAAUAUGUUACAAUUAGAGGAACUAAAAUGGUGACUUAAUCUACAAUUGUGAGCCGCAUUGCACAAUUUAAAGCAAUAUCACUAUUAAAUGGAGAGAAAAUUAAA